AUGGCUUUGAGAAAGUGGAUCUGCAUACUGACUCUGACGAGUCUUUUAACAGGUAAGUGACACUUAAUUCAAAUGUUGGUUUCGUGAAUUUUAAAAAAAUAAAUGACGUGUAUAAUGAAAUAAGCAUAAUUAUAAAAACGGUAAAAUUUCAAUAUAACUCCUCAAGCUUAAGUAAAAGCAAUUCAACUUUAAGAAGGUUACAUUUCGAAAAAUAGUUUUGGACUGACUGAAAAAUUAAGUGACCAGAAGAGAUCAACUUUGGCUGUGAGAAAUCAUUUCAAUGCACUUUAUAUUAAAAAUUUCAUUUAAAAAAAAUUAUGAGGUUGACUUCCUGACGGUAAAAAAUUUGUCGGAACAGUAAAAUAGUGCAACAUAUCAAGCUAAACCUUUGCUAUUAAACUGUUAAAAUGUCAACAAAAAUAAACUUUACACUGUCAAAACUAAUGGCACAAUUGAUAAAAAAAAGUCUGGUCUCUCCUCCCUGAUUAAUUUCAGUGAAUAAAAGUGAGUUUUCUAUUAUUUAUAACAUUUUUUUUAAAAUAAAACUGUCAUAUAGUUUAGUGCUAAUUGAAUGAAAAAAAUAUUGAUGUAAUAUCCAAGGCUUUUCCUUUUUUUAAAUGAAUCUUUUUUAAUCAACCACAAUUAUGUUCUUGAGUUUAACUGUCAUUGUUCAAAACUUCAUUAUAAUUACUAUGAUACUGUAAUUUCUGCCUGCAUGAAAGUCAGAAACUCAGGUGUAUGUUUGAUGGUCAGCGAAACAUUCUUAAACAAGAAAAUGUAAAUAGUCAAUAAAUGGUAUUCCUGUAUAAACUAAUUUAAAAAGUGUGUGUAGUGUGCACAAUCAGGUAACCAUAUCAAAGCAAUAGAUUUAAUCAUGAAUGGAAACCUGUGGAGAUAGAAAUUCAUGCUAUUAAGACUGGCCAUGGCAAAAAGACAAGGUAUGUUCUUCUUGAGCAAAAAGUAAAUAUUGACUUUUCCUGCAAAUUUUUGAGCACUUCAUUGAAAACAUUCCACAACUUUGGGAUAGAUAUAACUAACCAAAUUGUGUUUUCUCAUUUCAGAAUUACACGCACAGCUUGAUGGUAAGUAGAAAUAUAUCCCUCAAGAGAAGUUGAAGUUGGCCUUUACUUGCAACAAAGAAAGGCUCACACAAGAUUUAUUUUAGAAAAAAGGGUCAUUUUGGCCCCAAAAAGAAUACAAUAAUAAUAAAAAAAAAGCCUAAAAAUUAGUGUCAGUACUAAGUCAGCAGGAAAAGAAGCCUGUGUGGGUGAAGGACUUCUAGUGUGAAUAAAAGACAAGAAGAUGAGAAAGAUAUGUAUAAUUAAAUUGGUUCAAUCAAUAAUGCACUCAAAAUGUAAACAAGGUACAAUCAAAUGAAAAGAUUCUGCUCUGAUCAAUCUGGCUUUCGAUUGAUGGAAAAAAUAAAUAAAUACAAAAAACAGGGUUUAAAUCCCUUUUGAUUGUGAACACAAACACAGAACUAUGUACUUCAGUAGUAGUAGACAUAAUACUUCCAUAUAUUUGAAAACUUGGACUAAAAUUGUCAAUAAUAAAAAAUAAAACUGGUAUGUUUUCUAGUUUGUGGCAUUGCUCCCCUGAAUACCCGGAUAGUUGGAGGUGUAGAUGCGCCACCUGGAAGUUGGCCCUGGCAGGUUAGCCUGCAGAUAUUUGGUGGCCAUGUUUGUGGUGGUUCCCUUAUCAACAGAGAGUGGGUGAUGACUGCAGCCCACUGCUUCUUCAGGUGGGUAUCUGUGACAAACUCCCAUCAGUCUGCAGUUUUGCAUGGCUAUCAGUGCCUGUUUUUCCUAAAUCUAAUGCAUUACUGUCAUUUUCUUGAACUUUAGCGAGAGUGUCAGCGAUUGGCAGGUUUCUCUGGGUCGUCAGAACCUGCAAAGCCAAAACCCCAAUGAAGUGUCCAGAGGUGUCUCCGCAAUCAUUUUGCAUCCAAACUAUGACAGUGCCACCAGCGACAACGACAUUGCUCUGCUCAAACUCUCCUCACCAGUCCAGUUCACAGACUACAUCAGACCUGUUUGUCUGGCAGCUGGUGAGAGUAUAUUCAACAAUGGCACUGAUAGCUGGGUCACAGGCUGGGGUGCAGUCCAGGAGGGAGGUGAGUCUACCGGUUGCUGGCAAAUAGUCUGGGCCAUGUGCCACAAACACAAACACACACACACACACACACACACACACACAACAGGUGCAUGUUUGAAUCAUCUCUGCUCUUGUUGCUUCCUCAGAGCCAUUACCCUUUCCUGAAACUCUGCAAGAAGUGCAGGUGCCCGUUCUGGGAAACCGACAGUGUAACUGUCUGAAUGGAGUGGGUACCAUCACCAACAACAUGAUCUGUGCUGGUGUUCUGGCAGGAGGCAAAGACUCGUGCCAGGUAUCUGUCCUUCUUUUUGCUUGUUUUUUGACAAUGCUUUAAAUUCCAAAUGCAGUCAGCAACAUUACUUUCUAACCAUCACACAGGGUGACUCAGGAGGUCCAAUGGUCAGUAAGCAGGGCAACGUCUGGGUCCAGUCAGGAGUAGUGAGUUUUGGUUUUGGCUGUGCUCGGCCCAAUCUGCCAGGAGUCUACUCCAGAGUUUCCCGUUACCAGUCCUGGAUCAACUCCCUCAUCAGCUCUGAUAAGCCAGGCUUUGUCACGUUCACCUCCAGUGGGCUGGAUGCGGACAGCAGCUUCACCUGUCCUGGCCUGCCACCCCCUGUUGUUACUGCUACUACUACUUCACCAAAGGUGACGCCCACAGAGUUGGGACCAACAGCCUCAAGUGCUGAGUGUGAGUACCUAGAAUCCCAUGAGCUUUUCAGUUCUAUUUUUGUGUCUAUGUCUUCUACUAGAACUUUACAGUGUGUGUUCCACUGUAAAAUAUGAUUUUAUUGAAAAGCCUCAGUAAGUACUGUAAGCCUUCUGGGCUGCUUCAAGGUCUGCCGCCUGUGAUGUGUUAUUUGCAGUGUGCGGCAGCUCUCCCCUGAAUACCCGGAUAGUUGGAGGUGUAGAUGCGCCACCUGGAAGUUGGCCCUGGCAGGUUAGCCUGCAGAUAUUUGGUGGCCAUGUUUGUGGUGGUUCCCUUAUCAACAGAGAGUGGGUGAUGACUGCAGCCCACUGCUUCUUCAGGUGGGUAUCUGUGACAAACUCCCAUCAGUCUGCAGUUUUGCAUGGCUAUCAGUGCCUCUUUUUCCUAAAUCUAAUGCAUUACUGUCGUUUUCUUGAACCUUAGCGAGAGUGUCAGCGAUUGGCAGGUUUCUCUGGGUCGUCAGAACCUGCAAGGCCAAAACCCCAAUGAAGUGUCCAGAGGUGUCUCCGCAAUCAUUUUGCAUCCAAACUAUGACAGUGCCACCAGCGACAAUGACAUUGCUCUGCUCAAACUCUCCUCACCAGUCCAGUUCACAGACUACAUCAGACCUGUUUGUCUGGCAGCGGGUGAGAGUAUAUUCAACAAUGGCACUGAUAGCUGGGUCACAGGCUGGGGAGCAGUCCAGGAGGGAGGUGAGUCUACCGGUUGCUGGGAAAUAGUCUGGGCCAUGUGCCACAAACACACAUGCGCACACACACACACACACACACACACACACACACACACACACACACACACACACACACACACACACACGCACACAUAACAGGUGCAUGUUUGAACCAUCUCUGCUCUUGUUGCUUCCUCAGAGCCAUUACCCUUUCCUGAAACUCUGCAAGAAGUGCAGGUGCCCGUUCUGGGAAACCGACAGUGUAACUGUCUGAAUGGAGUGGGUACCAUCACCAACAACAUGAUCUGUGCUGGUGUUCUGGCAGGAGGCAAAGACUCGUGCCAGGUAUCUGUCCUUCUUUUUGCUUGUUUUUUGACAAUGCUUUAAAUUCCAAAUGCAGUCAGCAACAUUACUUUCUAACCAUCACACAGGGUGACUCAGGAGGUCCAAUGGUCAGUAAGCAGGGCAACGUCUGGGUCCAGUCUGGAGUAGUGAGUUUUGGUUUUGGCUGUGCUCGGCCCAAUCUGCCAGGAGUCUACUCCAGAGUUUCCCGUUACCAGUCCUGGAUCAACUCCCUCAUCAGCUCUGAUAAGCCAGGCUUUGUCACGUUCACCUCCAGUGGGCUGGAUGCGGACAGCAGCUUCACCUUUUCUGGCCUGCCACCCCCUGUUGUUACUGCUACUACUACUUCACCAAAGGUGACGCCCACAGAGUUGGGACCAACAGCCUCAAGUGCUGAGUGUGAGUACCUAGAAUCCCAUGAGCUUUUCAGUUCUAUUUUUGUGUCUAUGUCUUCUACUAGAACUUUACAGUGAGUGUUCCACUGUAAAAUAUGAUUUUAUUGAAAAGCCUCAGUAAGUACUGUAAGCCUUCUGGGCUGCUUCAAGGUCUGCGGCCUGUGAUGUGUUAUUUGCAGUGUGCGGCAGCUCUCCCCUGAACACCCGGAUAGUUGGAGGUGUAGAUGCGCCACCUGGAAGUUGGCCCUGGCAGGUUAGCCUGCAGAUAUUUGGUGGCCAUGUUUGUGGUGGUUCCCUUAUCAACAGAGAGUGGGUGAUGACUGCAGCCCACUGCUUCUUCAGGUGGGUAUCUGUGACAAACUCCCAUCAGUCUGCAGUUUUGCAUGGCUAUCAGUGCCUCUUUUUCCUAAAUCUAAUGCAUUACUGUCGUUUUCUUGAACCUUAGCGAGAGUGUCAGCGAUUGGCAGGUUUCUCUGGGUCGUCAGAACCUGCAAGGCCAAAACCCCAAUGAAGUGUCCAGAGGUGUCUCCGCAAUCAUUUUGCAUCCAAACUAUGACAGUGCCACCAGCGACAAUGACAUUGCUCUGCUCAAACUCUCCUCACCAGUCCAGUUCACAGACUACAUCAGACCUGUUUGUCUGGCAGCGGGUGAGAGUAUAUUCAACAAUGGCACUGAUAGCUGGGUCACAGGCUGGGGAGCAGUCCAGGAGGGAGGUGAGUCUACCGGUUGCUGGGAAAUAGUCUGGGCCAUGUGCCACAAACACACACACACACACACACACACACACACACACACACACACACACACACACACACACACACACACACACACACGCGCACACACACACACACACACACACACACACACACACACACACACACACACACACACACACACACACAACAGGUGCAUGUUUGAACCAUCUCUGCUCUUGUUGCUUCCUCAGAGCCAUUACCCUUUCCUGAAACUCUGCAAGAAGUGCAGGUGCCCGUUCUGGGAAACCGACAGUGUAACUGUCUGAAUGGAGUGGGUACCAUCACCAACAACAUGAUCUGUGCUGGUGUUCUGGCAGGAGGCAAAGACUCGUGCCAGGUAUCUGUCCUUCUUUUUGCUUGUUUUUUGACAAUGCUUUAAAUUCCAAAUGCAGUCAGCAACAUUACUUUCUAACCAUCACACAGGGUGACUCAGGAGGUCCAAUGGUCAGUAAGCAGGGCAACGUCUGGGUCCAGUCAGGAGUAGUGAGUUUUGGUUUUGGCUGUGCUCGGCCCAAUCUGCCAGGAGUCUACUCCAGAGUUUCCCGUUACCAGUCCUGGAUCAACUCCCUCAUCAGCUCUGAUAAGCCAGGCUUUGUCACGUUCACCUCCAGUGGGCUGGAUGCGGACAGCAGCUUCACCUGUCCUGGCCUGCCACCCCCUGUUGUUACUGCUACUACUACUUCACCAAAGGUGACGCCCACAGAGUUGGGACCAACAGCCUCAAGUGCUGAGUGUGAGUACCUAGAAUCCCAUGAGCUUUUCAGUUCUAUUUUUGUGUCUAUGUCUUCUACUAGAACUUUACAGUGAGUGUUCCACUGUAAAAUAUUAUUUUAUUGAAAAGCCUCAGUAAGUACUGUAAGCCUUCUGGGCUGCUUCAAGGUCUGCCGCCUGUGAUGUGUUAUUUGCAGUGUGCGGCAGCUCUCCCCUGAAUACCCGGAUAGUUGGAGGUGUAGAUGCGCCACCUGGAAGUUGGCCCUGGCAGGUUAGCCUGCAGAUAUUUGGUGGCCAUGUUUGUGGUGGUUCCCUUAUCAACAGAGAGUGGGUGAUGACUGCAGCCCACUGCUUCUUCAGGUGGGUAUCUGUGACAAACUCCCAUCAGUCUGCAGUUUUGCAUGGCUAUCAGUGCCUCUUUUUCCUAAAUCUAAUGCAUUACUGUCGUUUUCUUGAACCUUAGCGAGAGUGUCAGCGAUUGGCAGGUUUCUCUGGGUCGUCAGAACCUGCAAGGCCAAAACCCCAAUGAAGUGUCCAGAGGUGUCUCCGCAAUCAUUUUGCAUCCAAACUAUGACAGUGCCACCAGCGACAAUGACAUUGCUCUGCUCAAACUCUCCUCACCAGUCCAGUUCACAGACUACAUCAGACCUGUUUGUCUGGCAGCGGGUGAGAGUAUAUUCAACAAUGGCACUGAUAGCUGGGUCACAGGCUGGGGAGCAGUCCAGGAGGGAGGUGAGUCUACCGGUUGCUGGGAAAUAGUCUGGGCCAUGUGCCACAAACACACACACACACACACACACACACACACACACACACACACACACACACACACACACACACACACACACACACACGCGCACACACACACACACACACACACACACACACACACACACACACACACACACACACACACACACACACACACAACAGGUGCAUGUUUGAACCAUCUCUGCUCUUGUUGCUUCCUCAGAGCCAUUACCCUUUCCUGAAACUCUGCAAGAAGUGCAGGUGCCCGUUCUGGGAAACCGACAGUGUAACUGUCUGAAUGGAGUGGGUACCAUCACCAACAACAUGAUCUGUGCUGGUGUUCUGGCAGGAGGCAAAGACUCGUGCCAGGUAUCUGUCCUUCUUUUUGCUUGUUUUUUGACAAUGCUUUAAAUUCCAAAUGCAGUCAGCAACAUUACUUUCUAACCAUCACACAGGGUGACUCAGGAGGUCCAAUGGUCAGUAAGCAGGGCAACGUCUGGGUCCAGUCAGGAGUAGUGAGUUUUGGUUUUGGCUGUGCUCGGCCCAAUCUGCCAGGAGUCUACUCCAGAGUUUCCCGUUACCAGUCCUGGAUCAACUCCCUCAUCAGCUCUGAUAAGCCAGGCUUUGUCACGUUCACCUCCAGUGGGCUGGAUGCGGACAGCAGCUUCACCUGUCCUGGCCUGCCACCCCCUGUUGUUACUGCUACUACUACUUCACCAAAGGUGACGCCCACAGAGUUGGGACCAACAGCCUCAAGUGCUGAGUGUGAGUACCUAGAAUCCCAUGAGCUUUUCAGUUCUAUUUUUGUGUCUAUGUCUUCUACUAGAACUUUACAGUGAGUGUUCCACUGUAAAAUAUGAUUUUAUUGAAAAGCCUCAGUAAGUACUGUAAGCCUUCUGGGCUGCUUCAAGGUCUGCCGCCUGUGAUGUGUUAUUUGCAGUGUGCGGCAGCUCUCCCCUGAAUACCCGGAUAGUUGGAGGUGUAGAUGCGCCACCUGGAAGUUGGCCCUGGCAGGUUAGCCUGCAGAUAUUUGGUGGCCAUGUUUGUGGUGGUUCCCUUAUCAACAGAGAGUGGGUGAUGACUGCAGCCCACUGCUUCUUCAGGUGGGUAUCUGUGACAAACUCCCAUCAGUCUGCAGUUUUGCAUGGCUAUCAGUGCCUCUUUUUCCUAAAUCUAAUGCAUUACUGUCGUUUUCUUGAACCUUAGCGAGAGUGUCAGCGAUUGGCAGGUUUCUCUGGGUCGUCAGAACCUGCAAGGCCAAAACCCCAAUGAAGUGUCCAGAGGUGUCUCCGCAAUCAUUUUGCAUCCAAACUAUGACAGUGCCACCAGCGACAAUGACAUUGCUCUGCUCAAACUCUCCUCACCAGUCCAGUUCACAGACUACAUCAGACCUGUUUGUCUGGCAGCGGGUGAGAGUAUAUUCAACAAUGGCACUGAUAGCUGGGUCACAGGCUGGGGAGCAGUCCAGGAGGGAGGUGAGUCUACCGGUUGCUGGGAAAUAGUCUGGGCCAUGUGCCACAAACACACAUGCGCACACACACACACACACACACACACACACACACACACACACACACACACACACACACACACACACACACACACACACACGCACACAUAACAGGUGCAUGUUUGAACCAUCUCUGCUCUUGUUGCUUCCUCAGAGCCAUUACCCUUUCCUGAAACUCUGCAAGAAGUGCAGGUGCCCGUUCUGGGAAACCGACAGUGUAACUGUCUGAAUGGAGUGGGUACCAUCACCAACAACAUGAUCUGUGCUGGUGUUCUGGCAGGAGGCAAAGACUCGUGCCAGGUAUCUGUCCUUCUUUUUGCUUGUUUUUUGACAAUGCUUUAAAUUCCAAAUGCAGUCAGCAACAUUACUUUCUAACCAUCACACAGGGUGACUCAGGAGGUCCAAUGGUCAGUAAGCAGGGCAACGUCUGGGUCCAGUCUGGAGUAGUGAGUUUUGGUUUUGGCUGUGCUCGGCCCAAUCUGCCAGGAGUCUACUCCAGAGUUUCCCGUUACCAGUCCUGGAUCAACUCCCUCAUCAGCUCUGAUAAGCCAGGCUUUGUCACGUUCACCUCCAGUGGGCUGGAUGCGGACAGCAGCUUCACCUGUCCUGGCCUGCCACCCCCUGUUGUUACUGCUACUACUACUUCACCAAAGGUGACGCCCACAGAGUUGGGACCAACAGCCUCAAGUGCUGAGUGUGAGUACCUAGAAUCCCAUGAGCUUUUCAGUUCUAUUUUUGUGUCUAUGUCUUCUACUAGAACUUUACAGUGAGUGUUCCACUGUAAAAUAUGAUUUUAUUGAAAAGCCUCAGUAAGUACUGUAAGCCUUCUGGGCUGCUUCAAGGUCUGCCGCCUGUGAUGUGUUAUUUGCAGUGUGCGGCAGCUCUCCCCUGAAUACCCGGAUAGUUGGAGGUGUAGAUGCGCCACCUGGAAGUUGGCCCUGGCAGGUUAGCCUGCAGAUAUUUGGUGGCCAUGUUUGUGGUGGUUCCCUUAUCAACAGAGAGUGGGUGAUGACUGCAGCCCACUGCUUCUUCAGGUGGGUAUCUGUGACAAACUCCCAUCAGUCUGCAGUUUUGCAUGGCUAUCAGUGCCUCUUUUUCCUAAAUCUAAUGCAUUACUGUCGUUUUCUUGAACCUUAGCGAGAGUGUCAGCGAUUGGCAGGUUUCUCUGGGUCGUCAGAACCUGCAAGGCCAAAACCCCAAUGAAGUGUCCAGAGGUGUCUCCGCAAUCAUUUUGCAUCCAAACUAUGACAGUGCCACCAGCGACAAUGACAUUGCUCUGCUCAAACUCUCCUCACCAGUCCAGUUCACAGACUACAUCAGACCUGUUUGUCUGGCAGCGGGUGAGAGUAUAUUCAACAAUGGCACUGAUAGCUGGGUCACAGGCUGGGGAGCAGUCCAGGAGGGAGGUGAGUCUACCGGUUGCUGGGAAAUAGUCUGGGCCAUGUGCCACAAACACAAACGCACACACACACACACACGCACGCACGCACACACACACACACACACACACACACACACACACACACACACACACACACACACACACACACACACACACACACACACACACAUAACAGGUGCAUGUUUGAACCAUCUCUGCUCUUGUUGCUUCCUCAGAGCCAUUACCCUUUCCUGAAACUCUGCAAGAAGUGCAGGUGCCCGUUCUGGGAAACCGACAGUGUAACUGUCUGAAUGGAGUGGGUACCAUCACCAACAACAUGAUCUGUGCUGGUGUUCUGGCAGGAGGCAAAGACUCGUGCCAGGUAUCUGUCCUUCUUUUUGCUUGUUUUUUGACAAUGCUUUAAAUUCCAAAUGCAGAUAGCAACAUUACUUUCUAACCAUCACACAGGGUGACUCAGGAGGUCCAAUGGUCAGUAAGCAGGGCAACGUCUGGGUCCAGUCAGGAGUAGUGAGUUUUGGUUUUGGCUGUGCUCGGCCCAAUCUGCCAGGAGUCUACUCCAGAGUUUCCCGUUACCAGUCCUGGAUCAACUCCCUCAUCAGCUCUGAUAAGCCAGGCUUUGUCACGUUCACCUCCAGUGGGCUGGAUGCGGACAGCAGCUUCACCUGUCCUGGCCUGCCACCCCCUGUUGUUACUGCUACUACUACUUCACCAAAGGUGACGCCCACAGAGUUGGGACCAACAGCCUCAAGUGCUGAGUGUGAGUACCUAGAAUCCCAUGAGCUUUUCAGUUCUAUUUUUGUGUCUAUGUCUUCUACUAGAACUUUACAGUGAGUGUUCCACUGUAAAAUAUGAUUUUAUUGAAAAGCCUCAGUAAGUACUGUAAGCCUUCUGGGCUGCUUCAAGGUCUGCCGCCUGUGAUGUGUUAUUUGCAGUGUGCGGCAGCUCUCCCCUGAAUACCCGGAUAGUUGGAGGUGUAGAUGCGCCACCUGGAAGUUGGCCCUGGCAGGUUAGCCUGCAGAUAUUUGGUGGCCAUGUUUGUGGUGGUUCCCUUAUCAACAGAGAGUGGGUGAUGACUGCAGCCCACUGCUUCUUCAGGUGGGUAUCUGUGACAAACUCCCAUCAGUCUGCAGUUUUGCAUGGCUAUCAGUGCCUCUUUUUCCUAAAUCUAAUGCAUUACUGUCGUUUUCUUGAACCUUAGCGAGAGUGUCAGCGAUUGGCAGGUUUCUCUGGGUCGUCAGAACCUGCAAGGCCAAAACCCCAAUGAAGUGUCCAGAGGUGUCUCCGCAAUCAUUUUGCAUCCAAACUAUGACAGUGCCACCAGCGACAAUGACAUUGCUCUGCUCAAACUCUCCUCACCAGUCCAGUUCACAGACUACAUCAGACCUGUUUGUCUGGCAGCGGGUGAGAGUAUAUUCAACAAUGGCACUGAUAGCUGGGUCACAGGCUGGGGAGCAGUCCAGGAGGGAGGUGAGUCUACCGGUUGCUGGGAAAUAGUCUGGGCCAUGUGCCACAAACACACAUGCGCACACACACACACACACACACACACACACACACACACACACACACACACAUAACAGGUGCAUGUUUGAACCAUCUCUGCUCUUGUUGCUUCCUCAGAGCCAUUACCCUUUCCUGAAACUCUGCAAGAAGUGCAGGUGCCCGUUCUGGGAAACCGACAGUGUAACUGUCUGAAUGGAGUGGGUACCAUCACCAACAACAUGAUCUGUGCUGGUGUUCUGGCAGGAGGCAAAGACUCGUGCCAGGUAUCUGUCCUUCUUUUUGCUUGUUUUUUGACAAUGCUUUAAAUUCCAAAUGCAGUCAGCAACAUUACUUUCUAACCAUCACACAGGGUGACUCAGGAGGUCCAAUGGUCAGUAAGCAGGGCAACGUCUGGGUCCAGUCUGGAGUAGUGAGUUUUGGUUUUGGCUGUGCUCGGCCCAAUCUGCCAGGAGUCUACUCCAGAGUUUCCCGUUACCAGUCCUGGAUCAACUCCCUCAUCAGCUCUGAUAAGCCAGGCUUUGUCACGUUCACCUCCAGUGGGCUGGAUGCGGACAGCAGCUACACCUGUUCUGGCCUGCCACCCCCUGUUGUUACUGCUACUACUACUUCACCAAAGGUGACGCCCACAGAGUUGAGACCAACAGCCUCAAGUGCUGAGUGUGAGUACCUAGAAUCCCAUGAGCUUUUCAGUUCUAUUUUUGUGUCUAUGUCUUCUACUAGAACUUUACAGUGAGUGUUCCACUGUAAAAUAUGAUUUUAUUGAAAAGCCUCAGUAAGUACUGUAAGCCUUCUGGGCUGCUUCAAGGUCUGCCGCCUGUGAUGUGUUAUUUGCAGUGUGCGGCAGCUCUCCCCUGAAUACCCGGAUAGUUGGAGGUGUAGAUGCGCCACCUGGAAGUUGGCCCUGGCAGGUUAGCCUGCAGAUAUUUGGUGGCCAUGUUUGUGGUGGUUCCCUUAUCAACAGAGAGUGGGUGAUGACUGCAGCCCACUGCUUCUUCAGGUGGGUAUCUGUGACAAACUCCCAUCAGUCUGCAGUUUUGCAUGGCUAUCAGUGCCUCUUUUUCCUAAAUCUAAUGCAUUACUGUCGUUUUCUUGAACCUUAGCGAGAGUGUCAGCGAUUGGCAGGUUUCUCUGGGUCGUCAGAACCUGCAAGGCCAAAACCCCAAUGAAGUGUCCAGAGGUGUCUCCGCAAUCAUUUUGCAUCCAAACUAUGACAGUGCCACCAGCGACAAUGACAUUGCUCUGCUCAAACUCUCCUCACCAGUCCAGUUCACAGACUACAUCAGACCUGUUUGUCUGGCAGCGGGUGAGAGUAUAUUCAACAAUGGCACUGAUAGCUGGGUCACAGGCUGGGGAGCAGUCCAGGAGGGAGGUGAGUCUACCGGUUGCUGGGAAAUAGUCUGGGCCAUGUGCCACACACACACACACACACACACACACGCGCACACACACACACACACACACACACACACACACACACACACACACACACACACACACACACACAACAGGUGCAUGUUUGAACCAUCUCUUCUCUUGUUGCUUCCUUAGAGCCAUUACCCUUUCCUGAAACUCUGCAAGAAGUGCAGGUGCCCGUUCUGGGAAACCGACAGUGUAACUGUUUGAAUGGAGUGGGUACAAUCACCAACAACAUGAUCUGUGCUGGUGUUCUGGCAGGAGGCAAAGACUCAUGCCAGGUAUCUGUCCAGCUUUUUGCUUGUUUUCAGACAACGCUUUAAACUCCAAAUGCAGUCAGCAUCAUUUCUUUGUAUCCAUCACACAGGGUGACUCAGGAGGUCCAAUGGUCAGUAAGCAGGAAAAGGUCUGGGUCCAGUCUGGAGUGGUUAGUUUUGGUUUUGGCUGUGCUCGGCCCAACCUGCCAGGAGUCUACUCCAGAGUUUCCCGUUACCAGUCGUGGAUCAACUCCCUCAUCAGCUCUGAUAAGCCAGGCUUUGUCACGUUCACCUCCAGUGGGCUGGAUGCGGACAGCAGCUACACCUGUUCUGGUCUGCCACCCCCUGUUGUUACUGCUACUACUGCCUCACCAGAAGUGGCCACCACAGAGUUGGGACCAACAGCCUCAAGUGCCGAGUGUGAGUACCUAGAAUCCCAUGAGCUUUUCAGUUUUACAGCAAUGUUUUAGGUUAAUCCUAAGUCAUUUCUAGUUUUUUCUGCACUACAUGCUACAACUGUUGUCUCAAUAAUCACAGUCUUAAUUUUUGAGCAUUGAUAUGUUUACUUUCACAGCAAGCUCAUUAUAUUUCUCUUUUUUUCCCUGGACACUUUGCUAUUAAUCCUGUCAUACAUUCUGCCUGUGAAUGCUCUGCAACAUAAUGGCUGUAUGUCAGCUGUGUGUGGCAGAAAAUAUUAGGGCCUGUUCACUCUGAAAAAAAAUGUUCUUAUGAUACUGAGAAUUUCCUAGGUUGAACCUACUCAUGUUUUUGCAAUUUUUUUUAUCAAAUAGGUCCCACUCACCUUACAGAAUGCAGUGAGAAUUUGAGAGAUGCUGCUCUCUGAUGGGUGUGGCUGGCUGUGCUGACAGUAUAUGUGAACACAAAACAUGAGACAAAGAGAAAAUUCUGUGUCUUUUGUUCCAUAAAGCAGUGAACAUUUUUUACAGAGUUUACAACCUAACUGGAUCUCUGAAAUGUUCAGUAUGUGUUUUUCACAACCCAUAGUGGUGCAUGGCUUUGUUAAAAUUGUCUUAAUAUUUAUUCAACCAUUUUUGAUAUAGUGUAAAUGAAGCUUGACUAAAUCUUAGCUAAACAUUUUUUGAUAUGUAAGCCAUUGUUUCUCUGAGGAACACUUAAAAAUAUAAUUACAUUAUGUAAGACAACAAGGCUUUAAGAUUUAUUGAAAAAUUUGAGCAUGUUUUUUUUAAAUAAAUGCUUACUUAUGCUAUUUCUACUAAAAAGCUUUUGUCUGUUGUAUUUAGUUUGACAGACUCUGUAAAUGUGCUAAGCCAGCUUAAUUGUUUCAAAAUUCAUCUCAUGUGCUGUGUCAUUUUCAGUGUGUGGCAUCACUCCCCUAAAUACCAGGAUAGUUGGAGGUGAAGAUGCACCACCUGGAAGUUGGCCCUGGCAGGUCAGUCUGCAGAGAUUUGGGAGCCAUGUUUGUGGUGGUUCCCUCAUCAACAGAGAGUGGGUGAUGACUGCAGCUCACUGCUUUUCCAGGUGUGUUUCUAUCAUAAUGUGAUAUAAAUAAAUAGAGGUAAUCUCAGGCUGGUAAAGUACAACUUUUUCUGUUCUAUUGUUCCUUCAAAGUAAAGCUAUCUUGUGUAUUUUCUUUUAGUACAAGCACUUCUAGAUGGAGGGUUUCUCUGGGUCGUCAGAACCUGCAAGGCCAAAACCCCAAUGAAGUGUCCAGGAGGAUCUCGAAAAUCAUUUUGCAUCCAAACUAUGACAGCGUCACCAGCGACAACGACAUUGCUCUGCUCAAACUCUCCUCGCCAGUCCAGUUCACAGACUACAUCAGACCUGUUUGUCUGUCAGCGGGUGAGAGUAUAUUCAACAAUGGCACUGAUAGCUGGGUCACAGGCUGGGGCGCAGUCCAGGAGGGAGGUGAGUCUACCGCUUCCUGGCAACUAGUCUGGGCCAUGUGCCACAAACACACACACACAACAGGUGCAUGUUUGAACCAUCUCUUCUCUUGUUGCUUCCUUAGAGCCGUUACCAUUCCCUGAAACUCUGCAAGAAGUGCAGGUGCCCGUUCUGGGAAACCGACAGUGUAACUGUCUGAAUGGAGUGGGUACCAUCACCAGCAACAUGAUCUGUGCUGGUGUUCUGGCAGGAGGCAAAGACUCAUGCCAGGUAUCUGUCCUUCUUUUUGCUUGUUUUCAGACAACGCUUUAAACUCCAAAUGCAGUCAGCAUCAUUUCUUUGUAUCCAUCAUUCAGGGUGACUCAGGAGGUCCAAUGGUCAGUAAGCAGGAAAAGGUCUGGGUCCAGUCUGGAGUGGUUAGUUUUGGUUUUGGCUGUGCUCGGCCCAAUCUGCCAGGAGUCUACUCCAGAGUUUCCCGUUACCAGUCCUGGAUCAACUCCCUCAUCAGCUCUGAUAAGCCAGGCUUCGUCACGUUCACCUCCAGUGGGCUGGAUGCGGACAGCAGCUACACCUGUUCUGGUCUGCCACCCCCUGUUGUUACUGCUUCUACUGCCUCACCAGAAGUGGCCACCACAGAGUUGGGACCAACAGCCUCAAGUGCUGAGUGUGAGUCCCUAGAAUCCCAUGUGCUUUUCAGUUUUACAGCAAUGUUUUAGGUUAAUCCUUAGUCAUUUCUAGUUUUUUCUGCACUAGAUUCUACAACUGUUGUCUCAAUAAUCACAGUCUUAAUUUUUGAGCAUUGACAUGUUUACUUUCACAGCAAGCUCAACAUAUAUCUCUUUUUGUCCCUGGACACUUUGCUAUUAAUCCUGUCAUGCUUUCUCCCUAUGAAUGCUCUGCAACAUAAUGGCUGUAUGUCAGCUGUGUGGGGCAGAAAAUAUUAGGGCCUGUUCAGUCUGAAAAAAAAAAUGUUCUUAUGAUACUGAGAAUUUCCUAGGUUGAACCUACUCAUGUUUUUGCAAUUUUUUUUAUCAAAUUGGUCCCACUCACCUUACAGAAUGCAGUGAGAAUUUGAGAGAUGCUGCUCUCUGAUGGGUGUGGCUGGCUGUGCUGACAGUAUAUGUAAACACAAAACAUGAGACAAAGAAAAAAUUCUGUGUCUUUUGUUCCAUGAAGCAGUGAACAUUUUUUACAGAGUUUACAACCUAACUGGAUCUCUGAAAUGUUCAGUAUAUGUUUUUUACAACCCAUACUGGUGCAUGGCUUUGUUAAAAUUGUCUUAAUAUUUAUUUCACCAUUUUUGAUAUAGUGUAAAUGAAGCUUGACUAAAUCUUAACUGCAUAUUUUUUGAUAUGUAAGCCAUUGUUUCUCUGAGGAACACUUAAAAUAUAAUUACAUUAUGUAAGACAACAAGGCUUUAAGAUUUAUUGAAAAAUUUGAGCAUGUUUUUUUUUAAAUAAAUGCUUACUUAUGCUAUUUCUACUAAAUAGCUUUUGUCUGUUGUAUUUAGUUUGACAGACUCUAAAUGUGCUAAGCCAGCUUAAUUGUUUCAAAAUUCAUCUCAUGUGCUGUGUCAUUUUCAGUGUGUGGCAUCACUCCCCUAAAUACCAGGAUAGUUGGAGGUGAAGAUGCACCACCUGGAGGCUGGCCCUGGCAGGUCAGUCUGCAGAGAUUUGGGAGCCAUGUUUGUGGUGGUUCCCUCAUCAACAGAGAGUGGGUGAUGACUGCAGCUCACUGCUUCUCCAGGUGUGUUUAUAUCAUAAUGUGAUAUAAAUAAAUAUAAGUAAUCUCAGGCUGGUAAAGUACAACUUUUUCUGUUCUAGUGUUCCUUCAAAGUAAACCUAUCUUAUGUAUUUUCUUUCAGUACAAGCACUUCUAGAUGGAGGGUUUCUCUGGGUCGUCAGAACCUGCAAGGCCAAAACCCCAAUGAAGUGUCCAGAGGUGUCUCCACAAUCAUUUUGCAUCCAAACUAUGACAGUGUCACCAGCGACAACGACAUUGCUCUGCUCAAACUCUCCUCACCAGUCCAGUUCACAGACUACAUCAGACCUGUUUGUCUGGCAGCGGGUGAGAGUACAUUCAACACUGGCACUGAAAGCUGGGUCACAGGCUGGGGCGCAGUCCAGGAGGGAGGUGAGUCUACCAGUUGCUGGCAAAUAGUUUGGACCAUGUGCCACAAACACACACACACACACACACACACAACAGGUGCAUGUGUGAACCAUCUCUUCUCUUGUUGCUUCCUUAGUGCCGUUACCAUUCCCUGAAACUCUGCAAGAAGUGCAGGUGCCCGUUCUAGGAAACCGACAGUGUAACUGUCUGAAUGGAGUGGGUACCAUCACCAACAACAUGAUCUGUGCUGGUGUUCUGGCAGGAGGCAAAGACUCAUGCCAGGUAUCUGUCCUUCUUUUUGCUUGUUUUCAGACAACGCUUCAAAUUCCAAAUGCAGUCAGCAUCAUUUCUUUGUAUCCAUCACUCAGGGUGACUCAGGAGGUCCAAUGGUCAGUAAGCAGGGCAACGUCUGGGUCCAGUCUGGAGUGGUUAGUUUUGGUUUUGGCUGUGCUCGGCCCAAUCUGCCAGGAGUCUACUCCAGAGUUUCCCGUUACCAGUCAUGGAUCAACUCCCUCAUUAGCUCUGAUAAGCCAGGCUUCGUCACGUUCACCUCCAGUGGGCUGGAUGCGGACAGCAGCUACACCUGUUCUGGUCUGCCAGUAGCACCCACUGCUGUUAGUAUUGUCACUAGUCCUGCAAGUGAGUGCCCUUAGAAUUUAUAAGUUUGCACAAUAAGAAUUUAGAUUUUUUGAAAAUCCUUCCUUUUUUUAUUUAAUAUGUCUUCACAUAAACACACUUGUUUUAUCAGGGUCAGUGUGUGGCAAAGCUCCCAUGAAUAGUCGUGCUGUUGGUGACAGUGGAGUUGUACCUGGAGGUACCUGGCCCUGGAUGGUCAGCCUCCAAAAGAAUGGAGUUUUCACUUGUGCUGGAACCCUUAUUGCGGACAAUUUUGCCCUUACUUCUGCCCAGUGCUUUUCUACGUAAGUAUUAAAGCAAUUAUCCACCAUAUUUUAUUCAAAGUGUUCAGAGAGUAAUUGUACACUCUGUUUUUAAAAGGUCCACUCCAAAUGUGGAUGAGUGGACAGCAUUUUUGGGCCAUCAACGUGUGAACGGCUCAGAAAAGUUUGAGAUGUCUCUUGCCAUACUGAACAUCACUGUUAGCAAAUCAUCUGGCUCCAAUAUUGCACUGCUGCGUCUUGCUAAACCAGUAAGCUACAAGGAUCAUAUCCAGCCUGUGUGUAUGGACACUAACAAUGUCAGAAACUUUCCCAUUGGAAGUCAGUGCUGGGUGCCAGGCUGGGGCACUGGCAAAGGUAAAGGUUUAUGUUUGUUUUUGUUUUUAGAUGAAUUAAAUAGUCAGAUGUUAUAAGAUUUUAGGACUUUAAAUUUCUUAAUUAUAUACCAGAUAUUUAAAUAGAUAGUUCAUAAAGAAUUUCUGUAUUCAUGUGAGUUAAUGGGAUUUUCUCUGUGCUAAUAAAGCUGGCUCAGAUCUUCGAGACCUUGAAACUCAAGUUGCAAGUUGUGGAACUGUUUCUGAUUCUGACAACAUCUGCACUUACACCAUGGCUCUUCAACAGGUAAAAUAAAGUCUCAAAAUCCUAAAAUAUUUAAGUAAAAAAAAACAAAUUCAAGGCAGCUGUUUUCAGUUUGAUAAUUCUUGUGGUUUUUGCAGGGGGAUGAAGGCGCCCCUCUGCUUUGCAAGUCCGAUUCAUCUUGGUUCCAGGUGGCCGUGGUAUCAGUAAGUGGAAGUAAAUCAACGCGUGCUGACGUCCAGGUCUUUACAAAAACGUCAACAUUUGGGUCAUUUUUAAUAGAGACAGUUGGUGACAUGCCCACUCCAACAGCAACAGGAAAUGCACAAAGUUUCUCUGUCUCCUUGCUCUUCUCUUUCACUAUCCCCGUUGCAACGGUGUUCCUCUGGUCAUGA